UGUUUGCGGAGGGGGUGGAGUGAGAAGGAAGGAAGGAGGGAAGAGAACAGCGGACGGAGCAGAGAGCGAGUGAUCGUCGUACAAACUCGGGAGACGCCGAAAAGCCAGCGAGUUGAAGUGUCGUCGUUUAACACGACCAGCUACAGGGGGUGGGUGGGCACAACAAUCACCUGGCCUCUCCCACCUUUGCGUAAAGUUUCACUUUUUUUUCUUACUCACUCGGGCAAGAGGAGCCUGGUUGGGGGGGGGGAGGCCAGGAGGGAAGGAGGAAGCGAUUGCGCUCCCUGUUGUGUUGUUGUUGGUGGUGGUGGCGGGCGUGUCGACCCGAUUCGAGUUGUUCUACCCAUCGAUUAUUGGUGGUGGAGAGACACGACGAGAGAGGUGGCGUGGGUGGACACGGAGGUUCCAUAAGAAGAUCGCUUCACACGGCUGAGAAGGAGACUUCGCUGCUUGAUUGAGCCGUAGCUCUGCGGCAGCGUCACAUGCGUCCUGGUCGCCCUCCCGCCAACAACGGCAGCGCCAUCAUGUACGGGGAGAUGGAGACGCGUCCGACCUGGGGAGCAGGCCCUCUGCUGCUACUCACUGCCGACACGCAGGACGAGGGAGAGAGCGACAGUGCCAUCGACACCAUGGGCAGUUCGGAGGCCGCGGCGCCCGAGGACGCGAGGAACAGCAGCAUGUUCCUGCCCGACGGGCGCAAGAAGACGCACCAGCACAACCUGUCGCUGGUGUCGAACGUGUCGACGCUGUCGGCACUCUCCCUCAUGAGUGCCGAGGAGGAGUUUGAGGAUUACGGCGAGGGCGACGAGACCGACCUGACCGACCUGACGGAGGGGAGCGCCGGCGAGCUCCCGGGGGAAGCCGCGCAGAACAGCGCUUCCUCGCUGCCGUCCAGCGCAAACAACACUCCAAAGAAAUAUCCCCAUCUGCUGACCCAGGAAGCGCUCCAUAACUACUGCCUGAGCUGUGCGCGCAAGAUGGAUCAGCUGAACAGCCUGGACACUCGACUGCGCAAGCUGGAAGUCAACAGUCCCAACAGGAGAAUCUCGUCGAAAGCCUAUGCCAGGCACCUGCUGCAAACCAGCAACCUGAGCAGCACCAACGGCAGUACGGAAAACCUGGAGGUGGAGUCCAGAGAUCCUGCUGAGAACGACAUUGCAGACAAACUGAAUGCUCUGGAGCGAAAGGUGUGCGAGAUGGAGAACGACUCCACCGAGAGUGGGGACCUGCACACGAAGCUCCGGCAGGAGAACAAGCAGCUCACCCUCCGGGUGCACGAGCUGGAGGAGCGCCUGCGCGACGAGGAGUCGCGCUCUGAGCAGAGCGCACGGGAGGACGCGCGGCGCCAUCGCGACGCGCUGGCGCGUCUCGAGCGUGACAAGGGCGAGCAGACGGAGGCGCUCACCACCAGGUUGCAGCAGCUGGAAGAAGAGAAUAAGGAGAUAAAAGCAGCCGUCGUUUACCUGAAGGCCCAAACACAGAAGCUGGAGACCACGAACCGGGAGCUGACUGAGGGCCUGGAUGAUGGCAGCAUGCGACUGCGCGAGGAGGCUCGCCACAGCAAGGAGCUGGCAGACCGGCUUCACCGAACCCAGCAGGAACACAACGUCGAGCGAGACACCACACAGGAGAUGAUCGAGGGUCUCCGUCGCGAGCUGGAGGUGCUGCAGGUAUACAAGCUGGACGCAGACCGCGGGGGGCGCCGCCGCACACCCAGCGUCAGCACCAUCAGCAGCGACAUGGAGCAGGAGGCACGACGCCUGCGCCAGGACGUUCAAAGGCUCAAGGAGCAGAAUGAGGAUCUCAAUGCCCAGAUAAUCAGCUUGAGCAUUCAAGAAGCCAAAAACCUCUGCCUGGCUACACCCAAGUUUCAGUCGCUGGCGGCUGAGAUUGACUCUGCCAGUAAAGAUGAGGUCAUGGAGGCGCUACGUGAGCAGGAAGAGAUCAACUUCCGCUUGAGGCAGUACAUGGACAAGAUCAUCCUGGCCAUCCUCGACACAAACCCUUCCAUCCUGGAGAUCAAGACGUGAGCAAAAGGCCCCUCAUCUCCCCUACGCCCGUGAACAAGGAAGACUUUUCCCCCGCUGAGAGAGAACAUUCACUGGCGUCACACUCCACCCAAAACCACCACCCCCCCCCCCCCGCUCCACACGCUUCAUAUUUUCUUAGAGAAACCAAGUGUUGCUACAUUUUGGAUUGUAAAUGAAUAAGAAAAUCAACAGGGUUAUCACGUGGAGCAGUGUUAUUCCCUUAAUUUUCAGAGGGGGGGGGCAUUUUUUGCCAAUAAGACAUCAUCAGUGAGAGGGCUGCGACACUUUUGAAACCAUUGGGGGCUUGACAGCAGAACAACGAUGAUGUUGGGGGGGCGGGGGGGAUGUUUUCACAAUUUGUGUAUUGUGGGGGGGGACUGCACUAAAAGCCACCAGGAGACGCCAGUGGCCCGCUGGCCUUGCAGCAAGGAACACUCACGUUGAUAAUCUUUUCAAUGAGAUGGACUGUUACACCUAUUUAUGAUUUUGUAACGAGUUACACUGAUGCAAUUGUUUUUGGAUCAACACCCAUCUGGCUUUGGAUGUUAUUAUACUGGAAAAGAUAGCUACCUCCCUGGCUGGUGAAUGGAAACUCCCAAAUCCAGACAUUUACAAAUUAUAAAAGUCUUUUUUUUUGUAAAGGAAAUUCUUGCCUAAUUGAAUAUACUGUGAUGAAAAACUAAGUACUCUAAAUUUUAGGAAACCAUGAGUGUACUUGGCUCACGAAGAACUCCAGUUUCUGUCAACUUUAAUAUUAAGAGCGUAGGUGUUGUAAAAUAUAAAAGCAGCUUUUACGGCGUGCUCGCAGUUACGAGGAAAAGUUUGCGAGGCGUAAACUAUCCAAGACGGUGCAACCCGUCAACAACGUCGCAGUUGUGUUUACAUAUAAUACAGUUUAUUUAAAGCUGUAAACAGUUGGCCUUAUUUUGAACGUGGUAUGUUCAUCUGAAACAUAUCGGAAACCGGUUUCACUUGGCGACAGGGGGUGGCAUUAACGCGCGCGACAAAUUUCGGGCCCGUUUUGGCCAUGCUCUGUAACUCUUUAUUCGUGACUGUUGAAAAAAAAGUGCUACUGAAAUCAUGCUGAAUUGCAUGAAUGCACUGAAGGCUACUUUUAAGAAUUUAACUAAUAGAACGCGUCGUGCCUCGGUAUGCGAUAAUGGGAAUCGUGUUGCCUGCGUAACUGGCAAACAAGAUACAUGAUGAAAUGUAAAAGCAAAGCAGAUGGAUUUUAAAGUUUUUACACGUGCAAUGUACAUAGAACACAUGCAAUGGGUGAUUUGGUGAGAAUGUGUGUGUUUUUAAGGGCUCUAAAAGUAAUACACAAAAAGGAAAAAUGUUUAUUUUGUGGCCCUGCCUUGUAAAGUUAGUCAACUACGAACUGCAUAUCAUGCACAUCUCAUUCUUUGUAGUCAAAAAGAAAUGCUGGUUUUUAUCAUGUUUUAAGAGUUUUUGAUUAUAGAAACAAAAAUAAAACAUUGCAAACUUC